AUAUCAGGUAGUCCGCAAUUUGCAGCUUGUGGUCCGUAGUUGUGGUCGUUCCAGCCCUUCAGCCAGCCAUCUCACUACCUAAGUCAGGCCGAGUCUGUAGGCCUCCAGAUCCACGUAUGCCAUUUAAAAAGCUCGCGGCUCCUACAACUUCCUGUUUAUUAUUACUUAUCACUCCGAUAUAUUAUUAUUUGGAUAAUAUAAUACCAUAUCAUUUCAUUUAUAAACUGGAAUAAUCAUGUCGCAGGCUACGGGAUCCUACAAGGGACGGUGCGAUUGCGCACGAAUUUUCAAAGAUGUGCAAUCAAUAGAGGCUCAUAUCAAGGACACGGGACAUAUGGUGACGAAAUGGUGCACGGAAUGCUCUCGUUUAUUCCACUCUAAGGGUGCACUUGCACAGCAUAGGGCGACUGCCGCAAAACACAAGGGCAAUACGACUGCAACUGCUCCCGCGACUGUCACCACAACUGUCACCGCAACUGCCAUACCCAAGACUAACGCUAAGGCCAAGGCUGGGGCUAAGCCCAAUACUUCCUAUAAUAAACCUCAGAUAGAUAAACCUACCGUCGCUUCCAGCAAGCCCGCAAAUAAACCCACAAGCAAACCGGCAGGAACUACCACUACCAUCACUACCUCUCCUAACCCUCCUAAGCCAUCUCAGAGCGCCAAAGGAAAGAAUCUCCCCGAGGGUCUUAAAGCCGGCAUCUCGAAUAAAAGCCAAACAAUGCAGAGCUCAGCGGCAGGUGUAUAUGCAUCCCCAAAGCCAGCCCCGACCGUGCCGCUGGAUCCCAUUGCAAUUAAUUAUCCGUGGUCAUCAGAGAAGCAAUCACCAGCCUUGAUCAAGUCUUUAACGCCCUGUUGUCACGAUGAAGCGUGCUUGAUAGACGAGAACUAUUACACAGGCACUUGGACGGGACGGAAAUGGAAGCACAUCAAUAUCGGAAGAUUCCUCCCGACUCCUAUGAAAGUAAAAGGGAUGGCAAAACGUAAGGCUCUUGUCAUCGACUGCGAGAUGGUUGGGAUCUCGGGAGGAAGAGGCGAACUUGCCCGUAUUUGCAUUGUCGACCUUUUCACGAGAGAAGUCCUUGUCGACUCCCUUGUGAUCCCCACCGAGAUCGUCGGAGACUGGCGGACAAAGUACAGCGGAAUAACCCCAGCUAUGAUUGCUCAGGCUCGGGCUGAUGGAACGGCUCUGAACGGGUGGCCGACCGCGAGGACUAAGCUUUUCGAGCUUGCUGACGCGGAUACGAUACUCAUAGGACACGCGCUCAACCAUGACUUGCAGGCUAUACAUGUCAUUCAUAACAAAGUAGUCGAUUCUGGUAUCCUAGUUGCAGAAGCCGUUUUCGGAAGGGGCAAUAGACUAUGUCGCCGAUGGGGGCUGAAAGUGCUGUGUCAAGAACUGCUGGGUAUCACAAUACAGUCGUCCAAACGUGGCCACGACUGCUUGGAGGAUACGCUUGCGUCUCGAGAGAUUGUGCUGUGGUGUUUUAGAGAGCGCGAGAAACUGGCGGCCUGGGCUAAGGACGCCUUAGUCAAGUACGAGAUUGAGAAGCAGAAGAGAGAAGAGCGCCAACGAGCGAAGGCCCAAGAGCUGGCGUUAAAGGAGCAGAGGGAGAAGGGAAAGGAAAGGGAGAAAACGAAAGCUAAUCGUUCUUUUUACGACUCUUACGAGGUAAUGAGCUGGGAAGAAUACCUCGAAGCUUGCGAGUACCCUCCUGGAUAUGAUCCGUCAUCAUCUUACUAGAGGGAGUCGGAUGACAAGAACUGUCAUACGUUGCAAGAACAGAAGAGAAUGCAGACCAUCUACCACUUCUCAUUGAACAGAGAGGAAGCUCUGUACUACGGGUGUUGAUGUAUGCCUACCUGGUA